GACUGAACGUCACGUCCGCACUUGAACUUGAGUUUUCUCCCAUCGUAGAAGCCAGAGAGCCACACAGAGCCGCUCAGAGCCGCACGCACAGUCCAGGGGAUGCGGGACGCACAGACAGCAAACACAGUGGCUUUGCUUUGACUCGAACAGUUAGUCUCACCCGCCCGGCCGCUGCUGUCAGUGCGGUAGAAGUGCCAGCCACUUGGCCACAUUUCGAGAAGUCGGGAAGAAAACUGGAUUCCUUUUUUACGCACGUCUCCACCGCGCAGGAGCGGGCAGUGUCCGGCGUGGCCGGAUAGUGGACACAGGUAGAGACUGACCAUCAGGAGGUGACCUCUCGCCCCCUUCCGUCUCUCCAUCCUUCACUCUCCGCUCCUCUCUCGGAUCGCCGCUGACAGAUGGUGUGAAAGCGACGGAGAGAACAGCGACCCCCUCCCUCACCUCAGAUCGAAGAAAGGAGGCGCACAGACACAUUGGCACCAAACUCCGCACGAGCGCCCGGCGCUGCGCCACGGCCGGCCACCGCGGAACGCAGGAGCCACUGCCCGCUGAAGAGAUCACCUCCAGGGCGAGAUUCGGCCCAGCGUGUAGUGGUCAGCUCGGGGGGGCCGACAAGCAGGCUGUUUGUGGGCGGAUUGGUCGGUGAUAGGAGCCGGAGCGGGGAGAGGAGGAGGAGAGCCGACCCUUCCAGCGCCGCUCUCCGGGCGAUGCCAGUGUAAAUGCCAGGGCGAUGUCCCGACGCAAGCAGGGGAAUCCGCAGCACCUGUCCCAGAGAGAAAUCACGCCGGAGGCGGAGCAUCCAGAUGGCGCUUUGCUCUCCGAGUCCCUGCCCUCCAACCCACUCACCCUGCCCUCCAACCCACUUGGCCUACGUCCCCAUCCUUUGGACCCCAGCUUGGCUCACACCCUGCCGCCCGGCCUCCACUCUGACCACGACCUGCUCACUUGCGGCCAGUGCCAGAUGACUUUCCCGUUGGGCGACAUCCUCCUCUUCAUCGAGCACAAGAAGAAGCAGUGCCAAACACCGCUGCUGGCCAACGGCUGUUAUGACAAGAUGAACGACCGAGGAGGAGGAGGACACGGAGACGGUCCCACUCUGCAGAGCCUUCAUCACUACGCGCAGAGGGUGGAGCUAAGAAAGGUGUUGGAGCCAGUAGAGGUCGGCAUCCAGGUGACGCCAGAGGAGGAAGAUGAGGUGGGAGGAAGAGGGGGACGAGGCGAGAGAGGAGAGAAGACACCAACCAAAGGAAUUUGCCCGAAGCAGGAAAACAUGCUAUCAGGUGGAAGGGAUGAGCCCUCGAGCUAUACAUGUACCACCUGUAAGCAACCCUUUCCCAGCGCCUGGUUCCUGCUGCAGCAUGCCCAGAACACCCACGGCAUUCGCAUUUACCUGGAGUCCAGCCCCUCCAGCGCAACCCUCACCCCACGCCUCACUAUGCCUCCACCCAUUGGCAACGACUCCAUCCCACAGUCCCCCCUCACCAACUUUCUAGGGGAUAACAACCCUUUCCACCUACUGAGGAUGACAGCACCCCUGCUCCGUGAACCUCCUCCAGGCUUUGUAGAGAACCGUCUCCCCAGUACGCCUCCGUUUGUCACUCCACCUCCCCGCCAUCACCUGGACCCCCAUCGCCUGGAACGCCUUAGUGCAGAGGAAAUGGGCCUCAUCUCCCAGCACCCCAGUGCCUUUGAAAGGGUGAUGCGGCUAACACCUAUGGCCAUGGAGUCCCAGUCUAUGGACUUCUCCAGGCGGUUACGAGAGUUAGCAGGGAACACUAACAGCACCACACCACCGUUAUCACCCAACAGGCCUAACCCUAUGCAUCGACUACUAAACCCUAAUCCCUUCCAGCCUGGGCCAAAAUCGCCAUUUCUGAGCACUCCUCCAUUGCCACCAAUGCCCCCAAACAGCACCACCCCUCCCCAGACCCAGAACAAGAUCAAGUCCUGUGAGUUCUGUGGUAAAACCUUCAAGUUUCAGAGCAACUUGGUGGUACAUCGGCGCAGCCAUACUGGAGAAAAACCAUACAAGUGCCAGUUGUGUGACCACGCUUGCUCUCAGGCAAGCAAGCUGAAGCGCCACAUGAAGACCCACAUGCACAAGGCUGGAUCCCUGACGGGGCGUUCGGAUGAUGGCUUAUCCACCACGAGCUCCCCAGAACCAGGCACCAGUGACGUGCCAGGUGAGGGCAUGAAAAACCGUGAUGGUGAUUUCCACGGGGAAGGCAACGAGGAGGAAGAAGAGGAGGAAGAGGAAGAGGAGCUUGAGAAUGAGAGUCGACCAGAAUCAAAUUUCAGCAUGGAGUCCGAGUUCUACCGGAACAGGGAGAAUGGUUCUAAACCUCUGUCAGAGGAGAAGUCGUCCCUUGGCCUUGAGAAGAUAGUGGAAGGUGGGGGGCUCAAUUCCAUUCAGCAGUACAAUAAUUUGAUAGUUGACAAUCGUAAAAGGAUGCCCUUCUCUAAGAGAGCCCUGGAUGGCCAGCGGGAUACUGGAGAUGAGGAUUCAGUGGCUGGGGAAAUAGAUGACCACCAACAGGAGAGGACAACCAUUAAUGGCCGGAACUGUGGCUCCGGCGAUUCUUUCUCAGGUCUGUUCCCCCGUAAGCCCACCCCCAUUACCAGCCCAACCCUGUCCAACUCAUCAAAUAAGAGGAUCAAGAUAGAAAAGGACUUGGACAUUCCCCCUGUACCCCACAUUCCUUCUGAGAAUGUGUACUCCCAGUGGUUGGUUGGCUAUGCUGCCUCACGCCACUUCAUCAAAGACCCUUUUCUAGGCUUCAGUGACUCCAGACAAUCGCCCUUUGCCACCUCCUCUGAGCACUCUUCAGAGAAUGGCAGCCUGCGCUUCUCAACCCCUCCAGGUGACUUGCUAGAUGGGGGUUUGUCUGGCCGCAGCGGCACCGCCAGUGGGGGCAGCACACCUCAUCUAGGUGGUGGCCCCGGUCCAGGUCGACCUAGUUCCAAGGACAGCAGGAGGUGCGACACCUGCGAGUUCUGUGGUAAGGUGUUCAAGAACUGUAGCAACCUGACGGUGCAUCGGCGUAGUCACACUGGUGAAAGGCCCUACAAGUGUGAGCUGUGCAACUAUGCCUGUGCCCAGAGCUCCAAGCUCACACGCCACAUGAAGACACAUGGCCAGCAUGGUAAGGAGGUCUAUCGCUGUGACAUUUGCCAAAUGCCCUUCAGCGUGUACAGCACCCUGGAGAAACAUAUGAAAAAGUGGCAUGGAGAACAUUUGAUGACCAGUGAGGUCAAACUUGAACAAACAGAGAGGGCCUAAAGCUAAUUCCCUGUUUCCGUACUCUUUGACUUCAAAAUAACAAAAAGGGGUAGCUGGAUACUUUUUUUAUAAGAUAUUAAUUUUGGGUUAAUUUUAAUUGUGUCUUUGAUUAAAUAAACUGCCAACUGAGAAAAAAAAACGUGAAAACAGAGAUCAACUGAAGCUGUCUAAACUGCCUUAUGUGGCAUUCGUUUUUAAACAAUCCGUCAGUUGAGUUAUAAAAUAUAUGGAGCCUUUAACUGUGCAAUAAUUUCUGUAUUUAUUGGAUUUUGUAUUUUGGCAUGUGCAGGUACAUUUUUAUUAGAAUUUUUUUUAUUGUUUCUUUUUGCAUUACUGUUUUUUUUUUUAAACCCACGUGAUAUCCUGAGAGUUCCUUAGAGGACACAAAUCCAUUUUGUCUCUUUUUUUUGGCCACUUCUUGUAGGAAAUUGUAUAUUAAGCUAAAUGUGUAAUUUCUUGAAAAGCUGAAUCAAUCUUCAAUUUGAAAGUGGUGUUAACUGAGAAUGCUAGAAUUAGUCUAUUUUAUGUGAUACGCGAACAACAAUCCUUUGGCAUUGUAGCAUGAACUGACUGUAAAACAUGUCAAUAUAAUUGGAUAUAUAGCACCGAGUGUCAUAUUUGACGAUAAAUGUAAAAUGAAAGAGGAUCCCAAGGUUCGUAAACCCGUCUCCUCGUGAAAACACCCUAACCAGCCACAAGAAGCUGAUGAUAGGUGAGGCAGCUGCUGACUGGUACAUAGUGCCGAGCUCCGACAACGCUACAACAUCUUUCCCUUUGUUUUGUGUUAACACCAUCUCAUCUACAUUCAUACACCCAUGCACUCUUUUGCAUGAAGCCAUAUGAUCUGUGUUAUUUAUUAGGAGAGAGCACGAAGCCAUGACGAGUAUGCGUAGCAAGAAAUAGAACAAUGAGACCGAGAGAACACAGGGACAUCUCAGGGUAAACUGUACUACUUUCCUUUAUUUACCUGUUCACUCCUGUGUUGCCCCUUGGCAAACAACUUGCAAAGCAUUUAUUUCAUCAUAGGUUGUAAUCGUUAGAGACAGUUUUACCCCUCACGUGGCUGAAGUUUUAGCCUUAACAUCCACCAGCUCACAAGUGUCCUCUUUAAUCUUAUGAUUAGGUUCAAUUCUUCCACUUUGUAUGGAAUCUGUCUGUAUUUGGCUGUAUGUAAUGGAAGGGUCAUUAAAAUUUACAUUUAGAUUUGCAUAAGCAGAAAUGACAUAGAAACAGUACACGUGAAGCCUAAACAGGUCACUGGCAACCUAGUGGAUGUUAAGACCUCAAAGUUUUAUUUCUAAAAUAAUAAAAUAAUAAUAAAAGCCAGAUCCCGAUGCAUUUUGUGCUAAAAUACAUGACAAUUUGUUGAACUUGCAUUAGUAGUAAAUUUGGACUUAUUGCAUUCUAGUGCUUGUACAGUUUGAUUGAUGAAGCCACCUCUCUAGAAAUUUAAAUUAUUGAUUGUUAGUUGAGUGCUGAAAUAAUAAAAUUAAUUUAUCAGUUUGCCUCAUGUCCUGUUGUUAUUUUAAAAACCAUGAAUCAGUUUUCUUUAAGCCCUUUUCACCUUCAUAAUGGCACUUUUGUCAGUGUACGAACUCGCAGCUCUGAACAACAGACGCACAUGUACAGAAAUGUGCUACAGGGCCUGGAGCUUGGGAUCACCUGGUACUGAAGUGCCCAAGGUUGCUAGGCUUGUCUUUCCCAAUGUUGGCACUGUAAAUUAAUAAGAAUAAUUUAUUUGGGACAGUUUUUGUACUGCCAUUCAAAUUGACAUGAGUGUGCCUUGACCAAUGACCUUCCUAUUUAUUAUCUUUGACAAAUGCAACAUUUGUUAUGAAGUAACAAACGAAAGCUCAAACGUAUCAACUUUACUGUGUAAUGUGACCGUUAAACAGAAAAAUCUAAAUUAAUACAAACGUAACAAUGCUGAGUUUACAAUGACGAGUACCCAGCACAACAUCAACGUGUCUGUGUGUGUAUAUAUGUAUUCAUAUGUACAUAUAAAGGCACAAACCUAUAUAUAGAGUUAUAUGAAACGAGUCUGUCCCUCAACAGAAAGUCAAGAAGAGGACAAAAAGCCACACAAAGAGUUAGGGAAGAGACUGGACAAAAAUCAGGAAAAGCAGUAACUAAGAAGAUCAGAUUUUAGUGCACUCUGUCUUAAAAUAAGUUUACAGUAUUGAUACAAGGGUAAAAAUAAUAUGUGUGUAUGUGAGUUUGAAACAUUUCUUUCAGGUUUGCUUUGAAACUUUCUCUGAACGCCAAAGUGGCAACGUGUACAUUGUUUUUCCUUUCUUGUGUUCUUUUCUUUUGGUGAUGGGGUUUUAGUAUAUAAAUAUAUAUGAAUAUAUAUUACAUUUUUGUUGUUUACUGUAAAAGUAUACCAGUAUUUGUAAUAUUGGAGAAUGCCUGGGCAUUUUACAAGACUAUAAAAAGGUUGUUUUUUCAAUUCUUUUUACGUUACAGUCCAGUUUAAAUUGUGGGUCUCUUAAACUGUUUUUGUCACUGUAAUUGUAAAAGUCUUCAAUUUUAGUAACUUUUAUUCUGCCUUGGGUGUAAUUAAAUUAAAAAAUUAUAAAAUAAAUGAAUUAAAAAAAUGCUGAGCUGUAACACACUUUGAUAGUAGGGUGGUGAGGGUGGAGGGUGGCUCCCAUCUUUUUCAGGAAGAAACACUGAGAAUCCUGACUUGUAUCUAUUUUUCUUCUUCUGGAACGGAGUAUUCUUCAUGGAUGGUUUGAAAUACAUGUGUAGGCACUUGCUGUCAUUCCUAAGGAGCUUGUCUUUUAAAAAAACAAACUGAAAAAAAAAACCUUGUAGACUAUGUGCAUCCUUUGUGAAUAGGGUACUGUGAGUACCUCGAGAUGUGUUGAUCUUAUAUGGGGAUGCAGAGGGGCCGGUGAGUUUAAUGACACAUCCCAGUCCGACGACGGGCGGCCACAGCCUGUUUCUGCUCUCGCUGUGUGGGACAAACAGAACCUGAUGAAUUUGUACUGUUGUAAUGAAUCAUGUUGUACAGAAUGGGAUCAAAUAAAGGUUGUUAAGCAGCCUUUUUGCGACAAAAACACACACUGAUGUUUUGUUUACUGCUCCAUUGGUUGUACAUAGUUUUUUAUGAUGACGCUGUUUUUCAUUUUCUUUGACUUUUUGUGAUUUCUAACUGGCACUGGCAGUGAACUCCCCGUGUUUUGGGGAAGAGGGUGGACGUGGCUGUUCUGUUUGACCUUUGUGACCUCCAUGUCAGUUUUCAGGCACACGCCUCCCACGUUGAUAUUUCUCGGCAUGAGAACAGAGCACAAAUACAAGCUGUUACGUUUCUUUA